UUGUUUUCUUUCUAUGUUUUUUCCAAUUUAUUAUCAACCUUGUUCUUCUCCUCCUCCUCUACUUCACGUACAUAACAUAAACACUUUAUAUAAUAAAAUUCAAUAUAAUUAUAAACAAAAAGAUAAAUAAUAUAUUAUAGAAAUUGAGAGGUGAAUCUUUGUUGAAGUUGAGGUAUGGGGAGGGGAAGGGUGCAAUUGAAGAGGAUUGAGAACAAGAUCAAUAGGCAAGUGACAUUUUCAAAGAGGAGAUGCGGUUUGCUGAAGAAAGCUCAUGAGAUCUCUGUGCUUUGUGAUGCUGAGGUUGCUCUUAUUGUCUUCUCCAACAAAGGAAAACUCUAUGAAUAUUCAAGCGAUCCCUGUAUGGAAAGAAUUCUAGAACGAUAUGAAAGGUAUUCAUAUGCAGAGAGGCAACGUGUUCCAAAUGAUCAGCCACAAAAUGAAAAUUGGAUUAUAGAACAUGCAAAGUUGAAGGCAAGGUUGGAAGUCAUACAGAAAAAUCAAAGGAAUUUUAUGGGUGAAGAACUUGAUGGCUUAAGUAUGAAAGAGCUUCAGAAUUUGGAGCAUCAGCUUGAUUCAGCUCUCAAACAAAUUAGAUCAAGGAAGAACCAAGUUGUGUAUGAAUCCAUUUCAGAGCUCCAAAAAAAGGAUAAAGCCCUUCAAGAAAAAAACAAGCUUCUCACAAAAAAGAUAAAGGAGAAAGAGAAGGCACUAGCCCAACUAGAGCUACAGAACGAUGAUAUGGAUCUAGCCUCUGCUGCACUUGUACCUCAAUCAAUGGAGACAUUAAAUAUUGGAGAUGAUAAUGAAGAAAGCCAAAGUCGAUCUAACGCCCUUCUUCCACCAUGGAUGCUUCGUCCUAUAAAUGACUAAAAGAUUAUUACAUUAAACAACAUAUCAUGUUUAAUAUUAAAUUAUAAUUAUCAAUAUUAGUGACUAGUUAUAUAGACUUACAUAUACAACAUGUCAUAGGAAGAUUAUUAUCGCAUAUAAAACAUUUCAUGUUGGAUAUAA